AUGCAAUGGCUGGACCGGUCCCGAUGGACUACCGCUCCAUACUAUGCCUUUGUUAUUGUCGUUAUCGCAUGCGGAACCAUGCCAAAAGGUUACGAUGAGGGAGGUUUCAGUUCUAGCAUGUCCUUGCCAUCCUUUGAAGAGGACUACAACCUUCUGAAGAGUAACUGGGUGGGCAAUUCUGCGGGAUUAACAAACAGGAAGGCGAAUAUCUCCUCGUUCUUGACACUGGGCGCGGCAUUCGGUGCUCUGAGUUCUCUAUACUUGAACGAUAGGCUAGGUCGUAUCCUGUCAUUCCGUCUUGCGAUUAUUGUCUGGGGAAUUGGUACAUUCAUUCAAGUUUUUUCCUCUGGCAUCUAUGGCCUGCUGCUAUUUUCUCGCAUCUUCGCUGGUUUGGGUGCCGGUCUGCUUACAGUUACAUCGCCCAUGUACCUGUCAGAGGUGGCGCCCAAGGCAACACGCGGUCUGGCAGUUGGCUUGGCAAUGGUGACUCUACUCACCAUUCUAACAAUGGGCUUCUUCAUUAAUUAUGGCGCGAAUCUCCACAUGGCCGCCACCCGUACCCAAUACCGACUAGUCCAAGCCAUACCUCUAAUUCCUGUCGGCAUCGUCUUCAUCCUUUCGUUCUGGUGUCCUGAGACACCCCGCUACCUCGCCUCCAAGCAGCGCCACGAUGAAGCCAAGCAAGUCCUCGCCCGCCUCCGUGGCACAACGCCAGACGACGAGAGCAUCCUGGCCGAGUUCGAGGAAAUCGACGCUUACAACAAGCAGCAUACGGAGCUGGCUUCUAUCUCAAAUUGGCAGGCUCUGAAGGAAUCCCAGAUAAACCCGAAUUACCGCCAGCGCUUCUGGCUCCUGAUGGCCAUCCAGACGAUCGCCCAAUGGUCCGGCGGUAACGGUAUCACAUACUAUAUCUCGACUAUCUUCCAGUACGCAGGUGUCACCGGGAGCAAUGCGUCGCUCAUCUCAUCCGGUGCUUAUGGAAUCGUCAAGCUGGUCUUCACUAUGGCGUUCACCUGGGGUCUCAUUGAUUACUUCGGUCGUCGUCGCUGCGCUCUUACUGGUCUCUCCCUACAACUGUUGGCUCAUAUCUACAUGGGCGCUUAUAUGGGUCUUCAGCCUGGUUCUGCAGAUAACACGAAUGCCUCGAACGCGGCUAUUGCUUCUGUCUUCAUUUACGCUGUUGGCUGGUCCAUCGGUCUUUGCACUAUUCCCUACCUAUACGGCUCGGAGAUCUUCCCCACUCGCAUCCGGAAUGUCUGCUACGGUACCUCUAUGGGCUUGCACUGGUUCUUCCAGUUCGCCGUCGUCCGUGUUACGCCUAACAUGUUCGCGCUGGACGUCUGGGGCGCGUACCUGUUCUGGGCGCUGAUCUGUUUCUGUGGUCUUCUCAUUCUCGGUAUCUGGAUGCCGGAGACUAAGGGCGUGCCUAUGGAGCAGAUGGAUGAGCUCUUCGGUGGUCCGUGGUAUAUGCGCUGGAAUGCGCGUGUCAAGGAUGUGGAUCAUUCUAUUACCUCUUUUGAGGACGUUGAGUCGCGUGACCAGCAGCCUAAAUCUACUCUGUAA